CGGAAACUGAAGUCAUCGCCAGAAAGAAACAGCGACGACGACAAACUUGACNNUAUACACAUCACAAUGAGCCUUUUCGCAACAUCAAGGGCAUUGGCCUUCCGCCCUAGGGCAUUCGCGACCAUCCAGAGCCCGAUCGCAGCAUCAUGGCGCCGCAACUAUGCAACAGAUCCGAAGCAGAGCGGAGGCGCUGGACCCAACAUGAACCAGCAAGAGCACAUCAGCGAGGAGGCGGCAAAGAUUGAGAAGAUUCGGGGAGGCUCGGGACCGGACUUGGAGAUGGGCACACCGGUGCAGGAGGAAGACAAGGAAGCACAGAAGAAUGCACCCCAAGUGCUCAAGGACAGCAUCAAGGCCGGCACGGUCCCUCCCAAGCCUUCGCAAACACGUUCAUUCUCGACAUACGCCCGCCGCAACCAGGGAUUGAGUGAGCACAACGACAGCCCCUUCGACGAGGCCCUUCUCGCAAACACAAACUUUGGUGCUCAGGAGCUCUCUGGACCUGCCACUCCCAUCACUGCUGCACCUGUCGGCCACAAGUUCGGUUUGCCCGCUCUGCCGCUGCCCAGCAAUGCACACAAAGACUACCGCUACGACCCCGUGGUGCGCCAGUUCACCAAUCUGAUGAUGCAGCAUGGCAAGCUUAGUGUCGCCCAGCGCAACAUGUCUACCAUCCUGACGUAUCUGCGCACCCAGUCUCCUCCCAACUACAAUCCCACCCCACCAUCCCACCUUCCUUUGAACCCUGUCCUUUACCUUACACUCGCCGUCGACAGCAUCGCNCCCCUCAUGCGCAUCCGCUCGCAACGCGGUGCCGCCGGUGGUGGUGUCGCUCUCCAAAUCCCCGUCCCAUUGGGUCUCCGCCAACGCCGUCGUACCGCUUUCGAGUGGAUUCUGGACGCCGCUUCCAAGCGCAAGUCGCGCGGCAGUGGCCGUGACAUGUUUGCUCUGCGCGUUGCCGAGGAGAUUGUCGCCAUCAUCGAGGGCCGCAGCUCUGCUUGGGAGAAGCGUACCGGAAUCCACAAGAUUGCCACUACUGCCAGAAGCAACUUGGGCUUUGGCAGGGUUGGUGGUCCGAGAAGGUAG